AUGCAAAAUCAAAACAUUUUCACUACUCAAGGAUUCACUCCUUCUCCAACAACUGAUGAUUCAUCAUGGUUAACACCACCAAUGUCUUUAAAAGCCAAAUAUGAACUUGAAUAUGGUGUUAAAUUUCCAAAAUCACCAAAAUCACCAGAAUCAUCAGAAUCAUCCUACUAUUACAACAACUUAGACACAGAACCAAUUAAAGAUUCAUCAAAAGGUAUUAAUGCAACUUCAUCCAAUCUCAAUAAAAAUCAAUUACCAAAUGUUGAUGAUUAUAUCAGUAAAGAAUCCUUAAACAACUUUUUUAGAAAUUUAAUUAAACCAGUUCCAUUAGUUAUAAGAUAUGAAGAUUAUUCCACCUUAGAAGAUCAUGUCAAAGAAUUUGGUGAAAGUCUUAAAGCUAGUCAUAAUGAAGCUAAUUCAAAAAACAAUAAGGAUAAAGCUUGUAUAAAACCAGCUGCUUUAGAUAAUCAAUCAGUCAGUAUUAAUAAGUUAAGUGGACCAGAUUCAUUAGACUUAAAUAACGAUAAUGAUAAAAAUUGUCAAUCAAAUGCUUCUUUAGGAGUUGAUCUUAACGAUAAUUCAACUAGUGAUCAACAAUUUGUAUUAAAUGUAAAAAAUUUCCAAACAAUGGAUAAUUCAGACGUUUUUUCAAUUGAAAAUAUUGAACUCAUUCCUUCAAAAAAAGAUAGAAAACAAUCAACCAAAUCAAAUCAAGCUAUUUAUGCAUCUGAAAGUAAAGAAACUGAUGCAAAUGAAUCUCAAACUUUUUCUGAAUAUGAUUUGGAUUACUUAAAAAAUAAUGGAUUUAUUAAUGCAGAAGAUAAUGAUGAAGAUAAAAAUACUUCUGUAGUUAUUAACUCAAAAAUUGCCAAUGGAUUAGACUCUUGUUAUACAGCAGCUUCAAAUACUGAUAAGAUUUUAAAUACUGUUGAUAGUGUUGGUGAACAAUUGAAUUUAGGUACUAAUGAAUCAGACUCAAAUAAUACAUCAGCUUCAAUUAUUGAUACUAGUUUAAAAUCUAUUGAUAAAAAUGAUCUGAUUGCUGUUGUUAACUCAAAAAUUGCCAAUGGAUUAGACUCAAAUAAUACAGCAGCUUUAAAUACAGAUAAGAUUUUAAAUACUAUUGAUAGUGUUGGUGAACAAUUGAAUUUAGGUACUAAUGAAUCAAACUCAAGUAAUACAGCAGCUUCAAUUAUUGAUACUAGUUCAAGAUCUAUUGAUAAAAAUGAUCUUAAUGCUGUUGAUAAACAAAAAAAUCAAGUUGUCGAAAUUUCAAAACCUAAAGAAGUUGAUAUAGCUUCAAACAAUUGCAAUCAAAAAUUACCUAUCUCAAAUCCAUUAACACAAAAUUCUGGUAAAAAAAUUAGCAAUUCAUUCACUAAAAAACUCAAGAAGUUUUUCAAACCAAAUACAAAAUCUCCACCUCAACCUCAACCUCAACCUCAGGAAAUCGAACAAGUUAGAUUUAAUUUAAAACAUUCAAUUGUAAAAAUUUUUCAAAAAUGUAAACAAUGGAAAAUUAAAAAAAUCUAUUAA